AGCACACUUGGACUAUAAAACACAACAAAUCAUAAACCCUCGGACAAGAACCGUGGCCACCCAAUGAGUUCCUACUUCGUCAACUCCACUUUUCCCGUGUCUCUGCCCGGGGGACAGGAGUCUUUUUUGGGUCAGAUCCCGUUAUACUCCUCAGGAUAUACGGACUCUUUAAGGCACUACCCGAGCGCUGCGUUCGGAGCCACCAAUGUGCAGGAGAAGGUGUACACGCCCUCCUACUACCAGCAGGCUGCGGGAGUGUUCGGCAGGAACGGAGCGGGCGCGUGCGACUACGCCGCCGACCGCGCUUGUGCUCUCGGAGGGCUCGAGGACUCGCUGGUGCUGAGCCAGGAGCAGUGCAAGACGGACUGCACCGAGCAGAGCUCAGACAGAUACUCUUACAGCGAGGACAAGCCGUGCGCCCCGGUCUACCCGUGGAUGCAGAGGAUGAACUCGUGUAACGGCAUGCCUGGAAACACCGGCCGCAGGGGUCGUCAGACUUACACUCGCUUUCAGACUCUCGAGCUGGAGAAGGAGUUUCACUUCAACAGAUAUUUGACCAGAAGACGUAGAAUCGAGAUCUCGCACGCGCUCUGCCUGACCGAGCGGCAGAUAAAGAUCUGGUUCCAGAACCGCAGGAUGAAGUGGAAGAAGGAGAACAAAGUGAUGAACUCUGCAAAGGCCGGCGAAGAGGAGGAUGGUGGCAAAGCGGGAUAAACGCACCGCAGUAUAUGCACUGUGCUAAAUAUACAAACAAGCGAGUCCAGCAUUUUUACCCCCCACAGUGUUGUAGCCUGUAGUAUUUUGAUGUAGAUGUACAGAUUUACCCCAAACAGAAAGCAGCUACCUGUUUAAAGCGGUGUUGAGAAGCCACAAGCAGAGACCUUCUGACGGCUUUGUGCUUUAAAACCAGGCAUCUUUAUCAUUCUCACUAAGGGUAGAGGCGGUGGGGACAGAGAACAGGGCACCUUGACCAACAUUGUGUAUUAUUAUUAUUUUUGUUAUUAUUACUAUUAUUUGGAAUUGGGUCUGUUUUAAUCACCUGACAGGAAAAGAAUGGCUGCUUUUCCAGCACCCUUGUUUUUCCACCUUCUAGCUUUUACAGCGACCUGAAGAGCGAAGUGGGAGAGAAGGCUAAGGACAUGGAGAUGUUUGAAACUGCUGUGUUGAAAUGCUCUCAUACUUUAUUUAUUUUGUUCGUCACGUUUGUGUAUGUGGUUGCAGUAAAAGCAAUGCAUUAGUGAACUUUGUUAGCAAUGCCAUUUUUUGUCAAUAAAAUAAAUGUUUAACCACG